CUCCAGAAGUGCGUGUGUAAAUAGCCCUUGGAUAUUAUUGUAUGGUUGUCAUCCCUUGCCUUCUGUCCGGCCGGAGGCCACCCUGUGACUGUGACUGAGGAGGGAGGUCUGUGGAUCCCGCUCCUCACCUGCCUUCUGGAAGACUUCCUGAAGACUUCCAGAAGAUUGAGCCUCACUGGUGCCAGGAAGCCAAAGCUCACUUUGUAGAACUGACACUAAACUACCCGAAGGACUUAGGUGCUUUGUGUACUUAGCCCCAGGAUUCCCCUUACUUUUUAAGAUAAAGAGUGAUAUUGUAUUUUGCCUCUGCGUUCUGGAUUGCUUCUCGUGGCGGGCGGGGCCUCGGCAGGAAGUCCCGCCUCUGAAGCAGAAGUGGCCUGCCCGCCAUGGCGGCAGCUUGGAGGUGUUCUCAUGGGCUGCUUGUGGCGCUGCGGCUCCUGCCCACGCGCCAGGCCCUGCACCACGCGACCCCGGCGCAGGAUGUGCUACUCUUCGAGCAUGAGCGGGGCCGGUUCUUCACUAUCCUCGGGCUCUUCUGUGCCGGCCAGGGCAUCUUCUGGGCCUCCCUGGCCUUCACAGCUUGGUCUGCACCCCCGGUCCAGGCGCAACCCCUGGAUGCAGAGGCCCCAGACCGCGGCCGCUUGGACCUGCGCGCUGUGCUCUGGCGCUACGGGCUGGCGGUCAGCUGCGGUGCCAUCGGGACCCUGGUACUGGGUGCUGGUCUUCUCUUCUCUCUACGAUCUGUGCGUUCAGUGAUGCUUCGAGCAGGAGGGCAGCAGGUGACCCUGACCACUCAUGCCCCUUUUGGCUUGGGAGCCCCUUUCACCGUCCCCUUGAACCAGGUAUCCUGCAUGGCCCACCGAGGAGAAGUCCCUGCUAUGCUGCCUCUGAAGAUCAAAGGCCAUCGCUUCUAUUUCCUCUUGGACAAAGCUGGRCACUUCCCMAACGUUCAGCUCUUUGACAACACUGUGGGUGCCUACCGGAGCUUGUAAGAAGCCACCUUGGGUCUUUCACUCCCUCUCAGAAGGAGACAAAWAAAAAAGGGAAAACAAAACAAAAUUGAACCUUAUGGAUGAGGUGACAACCAGGGUCACCAAGGGGGAACCUAAGAUUCAAUAGUAACAAUUAAAAGAGUUGUCU